AAGUAAAUAAUGGUCAAAAUCAUGCCAUAAAAUAAGACGACCCAACCAAAAGCAAAUCCAUAAACCAUCUUCCUUCUCAAACCCUAAUCCUAAUCCUAAGUACUUUAUGAGCAAACUUUAUAAUCAAUAAUUACUCGAGAAAUAAAUGCAAAAAAUUCAAAAAAAGAAAAUAAAAAUUGAGACCUAUCACGUGCAAACCGUUCUUAUGCAUCUUUCCCACUACCCUCAUCAUUCACACAGUAUCCCACUCUCUCUCCUCUUUCUCUCUCUUCUCCCUUAUUCUUCGAAAGUGGGCCUUUUUCUUAAUCUUAAUCUUAAGCUCAAAAAUGCUUCAUUUCUCUCGUUGUCAAUAAUUUUAUUUACCAGAAUUACUUAGUUGUCUUCUUUCUCAUGAUUUACUCCUAAUUUCUUCCAAGUUAUCUGUCAUUUUAGUUUGCCAACUUUGGUCAUAAUUUGAUAAGAUCUUGCAGAAAUCUAUGGGUGAAUCAUUAGUUGAGGCUCCAAAAGUUGAUACCAAGAUGGGUGAGUCUUUUGCACUCCCAUGUCUUCAAGAAUCAGUGUCAUUUGGUAGAUUUGAGCAUGAUUCUCUUUGUUGGGAGAGAUGGUCUACUUUCCCAACAAACAAGUACUUGGAGGAAGUUGAGAAAUGUUCUACACCUGGAUCGGUUGCGCAAAAGAAGGCGUAUUUCGAGGCUCAUUAUAAGAGGAUUGCUGCUCGGAAAGCUGAGUUAUUGGAUCAGGAAAGAAAGAGAGAGGAAGAGGAAUGUGCGAAUUUGGGAGAUCGGAGUCCAGUGGGUUUGACGUGUAACACCAGUGAGGAAGAGUUUGAUGUUGAGAAAUCAAGUACUCAGAACUCUGUUGAUGGAACUGAGGUGCCAUGUGAAGUUGGUGAAUCCACUGAUGAAGUGAGUGUUAAGCAUAUUGAUAUUAUAGGCUAUGGUGCUGAUAUCAUAAUUGAAGAAGAUGGAGUUGCAGAUCUCAAUAGUGAGGUGAGUGAGUAUAGUGAUGAAGUGAGUGAUCAUGUUGAUGUAGAUGAAUUAAAUGAAGAGGCAGAUAUCAUGGUUGAACAGAGAGAGCAUAUUGAUGCACUGAGUGACCAUUUUGAUUUCACUGAUGAAGUGGCAGAUAUCAUGGUUGAACAGAGUGAGCAUAUUGAUGAACCCAAUGACGAGGCUGGUGUGGCCGAAGAAAAGAAGGAUAUACAGCCUGAGCAUUUUGAGGAGGAGAUUAAUGGUGCUAAUAUGAUCAAAGAAAAGAAGGAUAUACAGCCAAAUGAUACUGAUGGGACUGAUGUGGCUGAAGAAAAGAGAGAUUUAUUGCCAGAGCUUAUUAUUGACUCUAACAGUGGCACUAAUAUGAUCAAAGAAAACAAAGAUAUACAGACCCAGCUGGUGGAUGUGAAUGAAGAUUCAUGUCUUAAAGUGGAGAUUUCUCAUAUAGAGAAACCAGAUGAACCUGUUUUGGUGAAAGAAGAUACCGCUUCAGCACGAGUGUGGCAUGAUAAGGAGGUAUUGCCUCAAGAAAAGGUUGUAGAACGAAAAGUUGCAGAGAAAGGAGCCAAAAACCCAGUAAAAUUGGUUGAUCCAAUGAAAACGAAGAAGAUGACAACUGAUACCACAAAUUCUAAGAAAAAACCUGCAUCACCAAUCCCCGCAACUUUAGUGAAGAAGACAACUGAUAAAACUAGUUCUAAGAAAAAACCAGCAUCACCAAUCCCCGCAACUUUGGUGAAGAAGACAACUGCUACAACAAAUUCUAAGAAAGCACCUGCAUCUCCAAUCCCAAAAAAACCUGCUGCAUCAAUGCCAAAGUCACCAAUGAUGUCUACUCCUAAGUCAUUGAAGCCUGAGUUGACAAAAACUGCUAAGUCUACCACAAGGCCAUCAGUUCAGAAGGAAAAUGGUUGCACUCCGCUGUCAAGCAAGAAAGCAACUAGACCUGAAAGCAAGAGAGUACUGCCUACAUCCUUGCACAUGUCUUUCAGUUUAGGACCAGCUCAUUCUGAUUCAGCAUCACUUACACCAAUGAGAAAUUCGUUGAUCAUGGAGAGGAUGGGUGAUAAAGAUAUUGUAAAACGAGCAUUUAGGGCCUUUCGAAAUGUCAGUCAACUUUCACCGCCUAGUUUAGUGAAACCGACUACACCAAAUCAGUCUGCAACCAAAAAUAUUGAAGUGAAGGUUACUACGCCUGAUAAUGUUCAAAAGAAAAAGGAAGGGAUCUCCAGGACAGGGAAGGCAACAAAUCUAAUUACUGUUCCACAAGGAACAAAAAAGACAUCACAAUUGCCUGGAAUAAAGAAGAACGUUGGUGUGGAUCAAAGAAAUGGUAAAGCUGUACCUGCUUUUGGCUCAAAAAGUCUAAAUCAGGGAAGACAACAGAGAGAGGUUUCGAAGAAGCUAGAACCAAAAACCAACAUAAAAGAUUCUGGAAACACCGAUCUUCUGUCCAAAUUGAAGGCAGAGAAAGCAACAGAUUUUAGGAAAUCAACUCCCGGCAUUGAUUCUAAGCCCAAGCUAUCAUCAAGCUACAAUCAAGGACAUGGAUUCUUGAGAGGUUCUGCUCGUAAGGUAGAUGCCAGGGUAUAAGCUUCCGGUUAAUCGAGAUGAGUAGGUUUUCACCGGACAAACACAGUGAAACUGUCAGCACGUGACAUGGUGACUGUAAUUAAGCAGAUUGUUUUUGUAAACGCAGUUCAGCCGUUCAGGAGUCAGGACAAGUCUCAAACUAUUAAUAGUCAAAGUGGCGUAUCACACAGAAGUUAAUCAUCAUUUUGGUGCGGAGUAAAUAGGUCUAUCAUUGAGAAAGCUAGAUGUAUAAAGGAGCAGUUACAUAGUUAUAACUAAUAAGUUAAAGUUUUAUGUGGCCUGAAAAGUACAAGGGCGAAAAAUGUACAUCUGAAUUAUUCAAUUUCAAGAUAUAAAUAUAGGAUUGUUCUUAUAUUCCAAAUAUUAUGGGUCCAUCAAUAAUGUUUUAUUGUAUCCUUGAAUCUAUAAUUAAAUUUGUUGUAUCCACCACCCUUGUUUGGUAUGAUGUUGGCCUAUAAUAUGCAUUGUUAUUAA